AUGACUAAUGAGGUAGAGCUGUCGGAGGCUGGAUUCAUUGCAGUUUUGAAUAGUGUCCCCUCUCGACCAGACACACACAUAACGGCCAAGGAACCCUAUAGUUACCAAAGUCAAGAUGAGGUUGAUCCAGUAACCAAACCAAAUGGACAUGAAAGAACUUCAGAAGUGAACAUACUGUUCAAGACUCUGAGACGAGAAGUGACAAAAAUACGUUAUACCAAGGUUUAUGGUGCUAGAAGGUCAAAAUUAAGCGUUCCCAUACUUCCACUUACCAUGCAGCUCCUGUCGAAAGUUGUAGCCCUGCAGCGAAAUGGAUGCAGGCACGAUGUCAUGACAUUAUCAGCUUCUCCUCGUAUUAAUAUCCAAAAAAUGGCAUUUAUGUCCUCAAUUCUCCCAAAAACACCUCUCUCAUCGGUAAAUUUCUCGAAAUUGGCCAACCAGAUGUCUAAAUUAAUCCGACUGCCACUUAUAGCCACUCAG